CACACACACACACACACCUGCCGUUUUCACACACGGAAGAGCGCAAAACUCAAAUGAAAACAUGCAAAGAAAGAUAAUCUUUGCUGAUGGUUUUAAGUCAUUUUAAUGGCUUCAUCGCGUCGCGCGUCUUGUUAAGAUGAAGUCUCUGGAGAGUUUAAUGUUCACUUUUAUACUCUCAUCGGUUUGGUGUGAGUUACCUGCUGCUGAUAGGACUCAUCAUGGAGACUUUGUGCAGUUUGGAAAUGCUCCUGACAUGGUGACGCAGAGAUGUACAGUACACGUGCAUUAUAACUGCUCUGCUGCAUGUGGAGUCGGGGUUGAAAUAGUUCUUUCCACCCCAACAAGGACCAACGUGACUGUCUACAGAAGGAAGUGGACUAAUCUUAAGGGGUUUGGAAAACCCAGAUCCAGAAAGAUUCUUCUGGUGUUUCCUCCAGCCAUUGUAUACCGGAGAGACUUUUUCAUGAGGAGACCAGUGGAGGCACAUGAUGUGGUACUAAGGUCCUGGUUGUUUCAUCUGGGUAAAAAGGACAUUGGUAAAGGAUAUAACCAAUCUCUAGUGAGAACGUCUACGGUUUUGAGGACACUACCAGUCUCUGAACGUCCAGCUCGUCCACAGACGAGAUCGGUCUCAUGGGAGGCUUGGCUGAUGUGGCAGCUCAACAAAGAUGCUGUUGAAAAAUGUCCACAUGAGUCAGAUAAGGUGGAUCUUCUUAGUUUUCCAUUUGCGAGUACCGGUGAGAGAUACGGCAUCAUACACAAGUUCUCAUCCUUCAGGAACAGAGAUCUGGAGAGGAGACGCAUCCUCGCUCACAAACAACCAAGUGUGACGAUGUCUGUGUGGCUUUACCUGCUGAGCUGGUGUGAUCAGUCACUGUGUGGGAUAGUCAAACAUGUUAAUGAACACAGAAAAUAUGAGACUCCGGUUCUUAUGCUGUCUGACAAAGGUACAAUAGUGCUGCAGGUGCGUAUGGUGACCGGAGAGGAACAUGCAUUUAAAGCACACACACCAUUACCCCUCCAUACAUGGAUCCGUCUGGACGUCUUCUUUCAGGUGUCAAAGACAAAGCUGACAAUUACAAACACUGCACCUACAGGAAGAAUCCAGGAGACCACUCAUGUAUAUGAUUUUCAUCAGCCAAUUCAAUAUAAUGACACAUCGGGAUAUUUUGUGCUUGGUGGAUCCAUCUACAUGCGAGGGAUUCGUGGCUAUUUGGGACCAGUCAAAUACUACCGCUUAGGCUCUGAAAAAGUGAUUAACCCAUUGUCCCCUGCUAAGAUGCUACAUAAGUUGGACAGACUCCACAGACACUGUAAUGAAAUGAAUCAUGUGACUGAGCUUUAUCUGCAGGCAUUAAGACAGAACAGCAAUGUCCCUACAGAUGUUUGUGAGUCUUAUUAUGAAGAUAUGAAGAAGUGGAGUGUUCGUGGAGAAUGCAUACAGACUUGGUCUUGGGACCAGCAUAGAAGAUUUAACAGCACCCUAAGGCUUCUGAUGGACAACAAUCACAUUAUUACAGAAAGCAGAGGUCAAGAUAACAGCAGUGAAAAUUUGCUGGGCCUAAGCUGGUUGAUUUUCCAGGAUAUGUUAACAGCAAUAUCUGAAUCAGAAGAAUCUGAUCAUGACCAAGAGUUCAUGUCUACAGUUAUAGAGUUACUUGAGAUGUCUUUGUGCUUGGGUCACCACACCUCCUCUCUUCUGCUCGCUACCCUACACCUGUCUGGUUUGGGCAUUCCUGUCGACCUGGAGCAGGGUCAUGUUUAUAGUCUGAUAGGUGGGGUAUUUGAUGACCGCCUCUCUCUGAUGCAUUUGGGAUACAAGCACAUGCAGGGUCUCGACGGUUUCCCUGAAGAUCAUAAUACAGCGAACGGCUAUUAUGCCAACAUAGGGAAACAAACCAGCAUUGAUCUUGAUGAAAUACAUGACUCCGGGCAAACACUAACCGAACACGUUCAUAUAAGCAACGCUGAAGAGCUCCUGACUCAAACAGGUGAAUCGGGUGAUGUUGUGCAGUAUUUGAAACACCAGGCUGAGAGAGGAGAUGUCGAAUCACAGAAAACUUUGGCCAAAAUGCUCCUCUAUGGCAGUAACGGUGUGGAAAAGGACAUUCGAUCAGCGUUGACGUGGUACGCCAGGAGUGCCUUGCAGAUGGCAGAUCCCACAGCCAUGUAUGACUACGCCAUUCUUCUUCUGAAGGGAAAAGGAGUGAAGAAGAAUCAAACGCUUGGCUUUGAGCUACUGAAGAAAGCUGCAGACAUGGGUUCUGCAGAAGCACUGAAUGGACUCGGCUGGUAUUACAGUACAAUAGUAAAGGACAGAAGACGGGCGAUCCAAUACUUUGAGCUGGCCGCUAAGAAUGGCAGUCGUGAUGGGAUCUUCAAUGUGGGUGUCUAUCAUCUGAAUGGUGCCAUCCCAGACAAACCACACAGGAACGAGACAGCAGCGUUUGAAUACUUUCAUCGUGCGGCUCAACUGGGUCACGUGGAAGGUGCUGUGGAGUCGGCGUCGUUUCUCUCCAGUGGAAUGAUAAGAGGAGUGAACAGAGAUCAAGAGAAAGCUGUGCUGUUACUGAAACGAGUCAGUGAGUUGAAUGGCCACCUGGGCAUCAUGGUUAAAGAAGCUCUCCAAACUUAUCAAAGAGGAUCAUGGGGUGAGGCACUGGUGAAAUAUGCAAUGCUAGCUGAAACUGGUCUCGGUGUGGCACAGCACAAUGCCGCCUAUCUGUGUGAGGUGUUAAAUCACAGUUCAGUCUGUCAGUGGAGAUAUCACAAUUACUCCACCUAUAAUCACAUCCCUCAGGAAUCUGGUUUGUUGAGGAUGGGUGAUUAUUACAUUGAAAAAGCAGAUAUGGUGAAGGCCAUUGACAUGUACAGUAUAGCAGCAGCGUACGGCAGUCCUCAGGGACUCUUUAAUAUGGCCAUGUUGAUUGAAGAGGGUCAUGACGUUUCUAAGGAUGUUCUAGAUCAAAUGGGAAUUUCUGUAGCAGACAGAAGUCGUCACGUCGUGGUGGAGAAACUCCUGUCCAGAUGCAUGGAAUUUGAGGGAGACGAAGAUGCUGUGACUCCAUGUUCAUUAGUCUAUUGGAGGAUGAAGGUGAUGCGAGCGUGGAGAGACUUCAUCCACAGCUCUUUUCAGCUGCCGCUGGCCUGUGGCGCCAUUGCCACCCUCACUGUUUUUGUGUUUAUCACACUAUUACAGUGUUUUCUAGCAUGUAAUUCUUCAGAAUCCCAAUCGACCAACCAAUCAUCAGAGAGUCAGCGUGAUCCUUCUCGUUCAUCCCAUGAAGGUCAACUGGAUUCCAGCGCACAUCAGCAGUACAGCGACCAGACCAGGGCGGCCCACGUUAGACGCUUGCUGCAGGAAACAGCGGAUGUUGUCGUCACGGUGACCGGAGUCUGUGUGUGUAUGAUCUUCACAAUGUUUGUUUCCCAUCUGCUAUGAUAAAAGGACAAAUAUUUGUCAAAUGUAAGAGGAGACUUUUUAAAUCCAUCACAAAAAGAACAAAACAAGCAUCUCCCCAAGACAUUACAGAUAGACUUUACAAAAACUGGCAUCAGACAUCUACAGUUCUUAUAAACUACAUACUAUAUAUUGUCUAUUUCAUUGAAUGCGAAUUGAUUACUUAACAGAAAUGCAUUUUGCAGUUAUGUUUGUUAAUCUGUCUGACAUUAAUUUAGUUUUCACAUUUUGUCAUCACAUUGUGAGUGCCACUGUAUAAGAUACUUUAUCAAGUUAAAAGCAGUUCAGUUUUAAAAAUGCUUCUCAGGACUCAAGAGCUCAGGAAUUCAUCCUGUGUGAACAACUCUUAGUAAAUGUGCUUUGAAGAAGAGGCCUGUGUUUUAAAGGCUCUGAAAAGAUUUUAAUAAAAUAAUGUUCAAGUUUACAA